CUUUAGUUUGUUUAUCAACUUCAGGUCGUAAUGUUCUGAUCAUGACGUGUGAUACUACGGCUAAAUUAAAUGGCAAAGUGGUUGUGGUGACUGGUGGAAGUUCAGGGAUGGGCUUCGAAGCUGCUAAGAAUCUAGCAAGUCGUGGAGCCAGAGUCAUCAUCGCGAGCAGAAAUGAAACCAAACUCAAAGCAGCUCAAGACCAAAUCAUAGAGGCAACCGGUAACCAAAAUGUUGCAUACAAAACUGUAGACUUGGGAUCAUUGAAAUCAGUGAGGAACUUAGCAAGUGAAUUGAAUUCUGAAGAUCAGAUAAAUGUCUUAAUAAACAAUGCAGGUGCUGUGGCACUUCCAGACAAACUGACAGCCGAUGACUUAAAUCUUACAAUGCAAGUGAAUUAUUUUGGUGCUUUCCUACUUACGUUUCUAUUGCUGCCUAAGUUAAAAGCAUCAGCUCCGAGUCGAAUUGUAAACGGUAUUGGAGGCGCAAUGUAUUUUGGAGAAAUAAAUUUUGAUCAUUGGAAUGACAUUGGACGGUAUAAUAUAAUAACAGCAUUGGGGACUUCGAAGUUAGCGGUUGAUUUAUUUAAUGCGGAACUUGACACAAGAUUGAAGAAUACUGGAGUGACUGUAAAUGGUUAUGAUCCGUUCGUGGUAAGAGACACAAGCAUAUUGGCUAAUAUUCCAGGGAUUGUCCAGCAUGUUUCCAAAUUUUUUAUUAACAUUAUUGGACGGAGAAAGGAGGAUGUUGGUCGUGAAAUAGCUUAUUUAGCGUCUGCGCCAGAGAUGGAGAGUGUAAGUGGAAAUUUGUACAAAUUCUGUUAUCCGUUCAAGAAUCAUUGGUUGGUGAAUGAUCGAGAGUUGACGAGACGCUUGUGGGAAGAGUCAAAGAAAGCUGUGAAAAUAGACAAGAAUGAAGACUGGGAAGUCAAUGAUGUCUAGUCUUUAUAAGUGUUCGUGUUCAGUUUAAACGAUUAAGUAUAAGUAGGUUGCAAAAUGAAUAGCUUUUCAACCAUUUUAACCACUAGAUAGCCAUAAUAUAACACGUAGGUAUAAAAAAAUGAAUUAUUGCAAUCCAAUGCUUCCUGAAUUUUAAUUAAUUUCAUUGUCAGUGCAGUGUUUGUGUAAAGGGUCGUAGUUACCAUUUGAGACACGUUCAAAAAUACUCCAAUAAAUUAUAGCAUUGUUUUUCCGGGGCAUUGUUCGAUGAGUAUAUGAAAUGUGUACUUGUGAACGCAUUAACUGAA